GCCGUGUCGUGUUUUCCUUGACUUCGUGUAGUCACAACUUUGAAAGUGGUUACUAAAUGUUUUGCUCGCUUGCUCUAAAAGAAUAACCAUUAUCCGUUUAUGAUUUUAAUAGGGAUUAUAAAGAAGGCUGAAUCCGCUGUGAUAUUUUCGAUCGUCACUGUACGCCAAGUAGUAGUGAGUACGUCGUCGAUACUUCUAUAAGCAAGUACAACCAGGAAGGUGGUCGUAGGUCGCCGACACAGAAUAUUGACAUUGUUCGGAGAGGUUGUCGAGGGUGGAAACAAUGAGUCGCGUAAAAGAGGAAAGUCAAAGUUUUUCUCCCCAAUGCCCCAAACCGGAUGAGUCUGAGGAGCCCCUGGGCACGGCCAUGGAGACGGGAGCUGCAAAGGAUGCAAGUGUGAGUAGCGAAGCAGUGGUGAUCACCAGGGAAAUGGAAGAAGAAGAGCAACAUCUGAUGGCGGAAGGUGAAAAGAGAGAGAAGGAAAUGAUGGACGAGGCCCGUCAGUCGUGGGAGAGAGACUCUCAUGAGAUGCGCUUCAAAAGACUUCAGCAUUUGCUCCAGAAGAGCAACAUCUACUCCAAGUUUCUGCUGACUAAGAUGGAGCAACAGCAGAACGAGGAGAAACUCAGGAAGGAAAAACUUGAAAAGAAGGCUAAAACGAACACACACAGCGCCGGGCCUGAAAAAGAUCAAAAGAAGAGAAGACGAGAUGACUACAAAAUUGCAGAUGUCAUUUCUAAAGACGAAAUCAUGUCACGGGCUAAGAAAGCCAAAGUGGAAGGAGUGGAAGGGGCCCAGGCCAAGAAGAAGCUCGACGCCAAGGAUAUCGAGAGCAUGAGCGACUCCAACCAAGACAUCAAAAAACGCCUGGCCGAGACGGUGCGAGACAACGCCAAACAUCUCCUGGACCCUGGUAGGACGGUGAACGGACAGCCGGUUCCUGCUCAGCAGCCACAGCUCUUCACAGGCGGGGUCAUGAGGUGGUACCAGAUCGAGGGCAUGGAGUGGCUUCGAAUGUUGUGGGAGAACGGCAUCAAUGGGAUUCUGGCUGAUGAGAUGGGUCUGGGGAAGACUAUCCAGUGCAUCGGCCACAUCGCCAUGAUGUUAGAAAAGAAAGUGACGGGCCCCUUCCUGGUGGUGGCGCCACUCUCCACUCUGCCUAACUGGAUCAAUGAGUUUAAGCGCUUUACACCGCAGGUGUCUGUGCUUCUCUAUCACGGCCCCCAAACGGAGAGGAGCAAACUGCUGAAGCACAUGCGCAGACCUCAGGGGCCCCUCAACAUGUGUCCUGUUGUCGUCACCUCAUUUGAGAUCGCCAUGAUUGACAGAAAAUUCCUUCAGCGCUGUCAGUGGAAGUACUUGAUAGUGGACGAAGGCCACAGGAUCAAAAACCUUAACUGCCGCCUGGUGAAGGAGUUGAAGAUGCUGCCCACGGACAACAAGCUGCUCCUCACGGGGACGCCACUGCAGAACAACUUGGCUGAGCUCUGGUCCCUUCUGAAUUUCCUCCUCCCGGAGGUCUUUGAUGACCUGAAGAGCUUUGAGUCGUGGUUCGACAUUGACACGCUAGGUGAGGCAGAAAGUGUGGUGGCGGCUGAGCGAGAAGGGAACAUCUUGAGUAUGUUGCACCAGAUUCUGACUCCGUUCUUAUUGAGGAGACUGAAAACUGAUGUGACUCUGGAGAUUCCGCCGAAGAAGGAGAUCGUUGUUUAUGCCCCUCUGACUGACAAACAGGAGGUUUUCUACACUGCCGUGGUCAACAAGACUAUAGCCAAAGUUCUCGGUCAGCACAAGACCGAGGCUCCUGUCGUCUUGACGUCGAGUGGCCGGCCAAAGCGCCGCAAUCAAAGAGUGGUAAACUACAGCGAACAGGAGAGGGACACACCAUCCAGCUUGGAAAAACAUCUGGAAACGCUUCAGAAGGAGCAGAGCUGGUCUCUUGUGCCGGACGUGCAGUGCCCACUGGAUGCUCAGAUCAACCUAAAAAUGCAGAAUAUUCUCAUGCUGCUCAAGAGAUGCUGCAACCAUCCCUACCUGGUGGAAUACCCCCUGGAUCCCGCCACUCAGGAGUUCAAGAUUGAUGAGCAGCUGGUCCAGAGUUCUGGGAAGUUUCUCAUACUUGACCGACUUCUGCCUGCACUCAAGGAACGAGGACAUAAGGUUCUCCUCUUCAGUCAGAUGACCUCCAUUUUGGAUAUUCUGAUGGAUUAUUGCUACCUGCGUGGCUUCCAAUACAGCAGACUGGACGGCAGCAUGGCCUAUGCCGAGCGGGAAGAAAAUAUGACAAAGUUUUCCAAAGACCCGGAGGUUUUCCUUUUCCUUCUUAGCACUCGAGCUGGAGGGCUUGGCAUCAACUUGACGGCUGCUGACACCGUCAUCAUUUUUGACAGCGAUUGGAACCCCCAGGCAGACCUGCAGGCUCAGGACCGCUGUCACCGCAUCGGACAAACCAGACCGGUGGUGGUCUACCGUCUGGUCACGGCAAACACCAUCGACCAGAAGAUCCUGGAGAGGGCCUCGGCCAAGAGGAAGCUGGAACAGAUGGUCAUCCACAAAAAUAAGUUCAAAGGCGGGAGGGCGGACUUGAACCAGAGUAAAAGCUGCAUUGAUCUGAAUGAGCUGAUGGAGCUGCUCCAAGCCAGAGGCGCUGAGAAGGAAGUGAAAGCAUCGAGGGGGAAGGUCAUCAGCGAUAAAGACCUGGAUUUUUUACUGGACCGCACUGACCUGUUGGAUAAAGAAAAGGGAAGGACGAGGAAGGAGAAGGUUGGGGUUUUCAGAGUGAUGGAGGCUGAUGAAUCGUCGGCCAUCGCCUUGGCUUAAGAAGACCCCCGCGCUCAUCUCCCAACCCCCCCCCCCCCCCCCCCCACCACCCCACUUGGUCAUUUGGCUCACACCAUCCUUUUAACCCGCCUCCCUGUCCGUCCUGCUCACCUUUCCUCGACUGUACCUCACAUCAUCACGACCUUGUGACCAAAGGAAGUCAUUUGGUGUCUGUGAUGGUUGAUGCAUGUGUUAACACUGACACUGUUCACGUUAAUAUAAAGGUUCUUGUAAGAGUU